AUGGGGAGAAAGAGGAACAAGAAACAACUCAAUCAUAACCAACCGAAGAAGCGGAGACUUUCUGGUGGACAGAAGAUUAACCUUGUAGUAUUAGAUGAGACAAAUAGUGACGACGAUGUUUAUGAAGAUGCGGAGCCUGAUAUGGCACUGCUAGAUGAUAGCUGUGACAACAAUGGGAGUAACAAACAAGGAUUUUCUGGCUCUGUUGCUCAGUCAGAAGUCGUUUCUGGAGCUUCAGGAAUUGUUACGAAGGAAGAAACCCCCGAUUCUGGAUGUUAUAGUGAAGAAAGGGUGCUUGUUCAAGUUGCAUCUACUAGCAAAGUUACUGUUAGGGAUGAAAAAAGUAGUUUACAACGAAGUGAGACCGAUGUUAUCGUGUUGAGCGACGAUGAAGAGGAACAACCUUUCUUUGAAGCGAUUUCCUAUGAGCGUGAAGACGAACAAGUGCUACAGAAUAAACCUACAUUAGACCAGUCAAUAUUUGAGAGGAUAGAGGAGUACAAGAACAGGUUUCCAAAGGCCUUUGAACAUUUUGAAUACCAAAUUAAUCGGCAUUUUCUCGACAAUGUUCAGGUAUGAUAUGUUUAUGCUUUUAUUCUUGUUUUAGAAAGAUAUGACAUUCUGGUGGAAGAUGGAGGUGCGAAGGAAUUUAUUGAAUGCUAUAAAACAAGGCUAUCCUGAUGCAAAUCUUGUUGUAGUUGGGUCUACAGUUAACGGGUGUGGGUCAGUGACUUCAGAUAUGGAUUUGUGUUGUAUUAUCAAGGAUAAUGCUGGUUCUGCUUGUUAUGAAAGAGUGUAAGGAGACUAAUCUAUUUACAUUUUAAAUUUUAGUAUUAUUUUGCAAACUAUUUACGCAAAUUGUCUUGUUUUUCAAUUUAAUUUUUUCAGAUUUGCUAUGAAAUGUCUUCGCAAGAUCCAAAAGAUGCUGUUCCGAAAUAGAAAUUAUGUUAAGCUGGACAAAGUUCAGGUUAUUAAUGCAAAGGUGAGUAACUUUCAUUGUUUUUAAUGCAAAUUCUUUCGAUCUUACUAUAAAUGACAUUUCAGGUACCAAUCCUUCGGAUUACCUUCCAAUACCCUUACCAAAACUUGGAAGUCGACUUAAAUGUGAACAACACAGCUGGAAUUAACAACUCUCACUUGUUGCACUAUUAUUCACGGUACGAGUUUUCUGCCUUAUAAUUACCUUAAAUUUUAGGAUUGACGACAGAUUACCUUCAUUAUGUUUAUUGGUAAAGCAUUGGGCCAAGAGUAAUGGGAUUGGGGAAGCUAUGAAUGGGACGUUCAACAGCUACUCGUUGAUUCUUCUGUGUAUCCACUUCUUGCAGAAGGCUGUGCAACCUCCAAUAUUACCUAAUCUUCAAGAAUGUUUUGUCGACAAGUUUAGGUAUACAGAGAAUGUGGGGGCUUUGAUGAUGUUCGAAGACUUACCACCGAACUACCCUGACCCAAAACUCAACACAAGCACGGUGGGAGAGUUGUUGAUCGCUUUCUUUGAUUACUACUCUAAGUUUGACUUUGAAAACUGGGCCAUAUCAAUCAAAAGAGGGGACGUCUUUCCAAGGUAAGGUUUCAAAUGAUUUGGUUUUGUAGUUUUGCUGUAUUUGUAGGCGAUUUUUUACGGAAAGUAAACUAUUCAAUAUGUUACAGAAAUACUUUGGCUAUGAACAAUCAUAGGUACAAGAUGUAUAUCGAGGAACCAUACGAUUCCAUGAACACGGCUAGAUGUGUAACACAAGAUGCCAACUUCGAAAAGAUAGUUACAUGCUUCAGGGAAGGCAGAGAAGCUUUUCUUGGAAAAUACCGGCCUAAUCUAAAGAGGAUCAAAAUAGGAAAAAUCUUCGGGUGUAGUGAUUGA